UUGGUCAUUCCGCACUUCCUCACUGUUCCGAUUGGUUAGCAGGCAUCGAGGGAAAAUUAAAACGGACGUUUGAACUACACAGGAUAGGAUUUAUGUUUUGUGUUAGGAGCAGUAUUGCUCACUGGCUAAAUUGGCAGCUUUAACAGUUAGACAUGAGUAACGCGCUUAGCUAGUGUGAUAUAUGUGAAAUGAAUUGUUAUUGAAGUUCAUUUGCUGUUUAUUUUGAGUUGGUUCAGGGCUGCUGUACGUUAGGGAUUACUGGAGUGGUGAAGUGGUGCCAUGGGAGAUGUGGCCGAAGUUCAGAUCACGCCAGAAACACCUGGGCGGGCAGCAAUUCACAACCCUUUCGAAAGCCCAAAUGAUUACCAUCGUCUGCACGAAUCCACGGUCCCCAGUCCGUCUGUAUUCAGGUCUUCAAGAGCUUCAUCAGCCACCCCAGGAAAGUUCAAGUGGUCAAUAGAUGAAAUGGCAAAUUUGCUCCCCGUUGAAAUUGACCCUGAAGACAUUCACCGCCAAUGCUUGUACUUGAGUCAAACCAGGGCCGAUGCAGAAAUUGAGGAAAAGCGACAGAAUGCAAUUGAGCAGUUUUUCACAAAGGGUCCAAUUGUUCCUUCACCUUGGGCUUCUUCUGCAAGCAAACCAUCAAAACAAAUGCAUUUUGUGAAGAGUUCCCUGUCUCCAGAAAUUCCAGAGGAGGAUGUUCCUGGUGGAAAAUGCAGUGCUGCCUGUCAGACGGUGCUGUCUUUACCUGUGGAUUUUGAUCUGGAAAAAAUAUUGGGAGAGCACUACAAGCUGGAGGAAGUCUCAGACCAGGUCCAGGAGAGCCUGAGCUCCUCGUCCCUGCGCCGGAAGCUGUUUCUGGACGGGAUCGGCAGCGGGUCCGAGUCGUCCACCCCGUCCAGCCCAGACGGGAGCCCGCGAGGGGCGGGGCCCGGGAGCGGCGGGGCGCCACACGCGGCCUGCGUUUCGCCGCUGCCUCCGCGCGGGAUGGCGGCCGUCACGCCCACCUCUGGUCAGUUCUCGUCGAGUCCGAUUCAGAGCAGAAGCAGGGCCUACAGUUUGGGCAGCGUGGCGAGCCCGCUGUUCCCAGAGGGGCCGUCUCCAGGCUUCAGGUCCCCGGCACUGUCGCCCAUCGUUCUUCAGUACAUGCAGACGCCGGUGUCAGGGGAGAAGAAGCAGCUGACCUUCGUGACCCCUGAGGGCAUGACCGUGGGCAAUGCCAGUGGCGCUAGCCGCCCAGAGAGCCUGUACGUGGAGGGGUGCUCUCCCAUCAAAAGCUCCUCCCCCAUCCGGCCCCCGGUUCGAGGCCGGGCGCCUCCUCCUUACAAAGCAUCCCUUUCGGAGCUGUCCCCGCCCCUCGGCCGCCCUGCCCCUGCAGACCGAGGCGUCCGCGGGAGCAGCGCUUCUGCGCCUCCCGUCGCCAUGGAGACGUGUUUGCCGGCGUCGGACUGUGGCCCCGCCCCGGGCGGUAAAGGGGCGGCGCUGCCGGACCUGGUGCCCAUGGAGGAGACCCGGGAGAGCAGUGUGGUUACCAUGGCGGAGCCGGGCGAGGAACGCGAGGACUGCUGCGCCUGGAACGCGGACGCGGCCGACGCCAGCCCCGCCCGCCUCACCAGCUCGCGGACGGCCAGCAUGUUCCACGCGGAGAGCUCCGCCAUGUUUGUGUCCCUGCUGGCGGAAGGCGGGACUGCGCCAUACGAUACCGGAACCGUGCCGUAUGAUACUGGAACCGUGCCGUAUGAUAACAGCACCAUGCCGUACGGUCACAGCGAGAACAGCACCAUGCCGUACGAUAACAGCAUGCAGACUGCUCUCUUUGUUCAGGUGGACAGUGGUUAUAACACUUAUUCAGUCGGGACAAACGGCACCAUUGAUGGGACCAGCUCAGACAGCCAGACAAAGGAGUCGCUGGAUCCACAAGUAGCUGAAGCAGCUUUUUUAUAUACCAAGACUCAACAUAUUAAAUCAAAGAUGUUUACUCUGCACCACUGAUGACGGGGACACGCACACCCAGCUCCCCGGAAGCUCAACAUAAAACUGCCAAGUUUCCAAAAUGAAUGAACUUGGGCAAAUUGUAACAGGGAAAUAUUAAAAACGAAUACGCCUUUGCUUGCA